AUGUCCUCACCAGCCCGCUACUACGCCAAGCCCGCCGAGGCCGUCACUUUCGCCAAGGGACUUUUGGUGAAGUCUGGUCUCCCGGAAGAUGAUGCUACUCUAAUGGCCGAAUGUCUGGUCCAAGCCGAUACCCGUGGCGUGGAUACGCACGGAUUGGCACGACUUCAGCAAUACAUCGAGCGUGUGCAGAGCGGCUUAGUUAAUGCUAAGGCCGACAUUAAAAUAACUGAGAAGACUCCCUUGGCAGCCCAUGCGGACGGAGAUAAUGGUUUCGGCUUCGUCGUUGCGUCCAAGGCCAUGAAAGACGCCAUUCGCCGCGCCGAGAUAUACGGUAUCGGUAUCGUGACUGCUGAGCAUUCCAACCACUUCGGCAUGGGCGCAACCUAUGUCCUACAGGCCCUCAAUGCUGGCAUGAUUUCUCUGGUCUUUACGAAUUCUGCUAAGCAGAUGCCACCUUUUGGCGGUAAAGAAACCCUGCUCGGCAUUUCUCCUUUUGCUGCUGGUGCUCCCAGUAAGAAUGAAGUUCCAUACAUUCUCGACAUGGCGCCGUCCGUUGUCGCAAAAGGCAAGAUUAGGAAGGCCGCCCGCAGAGGCGAGAAAAUUCCCCUUGGUUGGGCGUACGAUAAGGAUGGAAAGCCAACAGAGGACGCAAAUGAGGCUCUCAAUGGUUCUAUGGCUCCUAUCGGGGGUCCCAAGGGCUCUGGUAUCGCUAUUCUCAUGGACAUCAUGUCCGGUGUCUUGACCGGUGCUGCCUUUGGUGGCGAGGUCGGAGACCAGUACAAGGAAGCUCGCCCUCAAAAUGUAGGCCAUUGCUUCAUUGUCAUCAAGCCUGACAUUUUUAUGUCUUCAGAGCAAUUCCGUUCAAGAAUGGAUACCCUUGUCCAGCGUGUUCACGGUGUGACACCGGCGGAAGGCUUCAAGGAGGUUCUUUUCCCUGGAGAGCCUGAAUACCGCCUCGCCAAGGAGCGUGAGGCCCAGGGCCUGCCGUUUGCUGAUGCCGAGAAGAAGAUGUUUGAGGAUCUGGCAUCGAAAUAUGGCGUUCCAGAGUUGCCUCUAUCUACCACGCCGCUGGCUUGA